AUGUCGUUUCCACAAACAACUCCGGUCCGGCCAGUUCCAGGCGCAUUCUUGAAUACGCCAGCCGUCAACUCGAGGUUUCAGUCGGGCUCUGAUCCUGUGCGCCGACAGCUGUUCGCAGGCACUGAGAACAACCAGUCUGUCCAGCCUCUCAAGACUACUGCGCCUGCUCCAUCUUCGCGAAGCGUCGCGGCCACGGCGCCAUCAGCAUCGAGAACACCUACGAGCGAUAACCUGAUUGCACCGGCUGCGCUGCCGCCCCUACGAUCCGAGAAUGUGCCUCCCGUUGUCAAGGCGGCCAAGGCCAUCAACACCUUCCUUCAAGCCGAUGGCCGGUAUCCCGAUUUAGAUUCAUACUGCAGACAGGGCGCUUCGUCCGAAUACGAUCUUGAAAAUACCGAUUCUGCAAUGGCCCCCUUCCACAAGACACAGAUGUAUCCUAUCCCAAACCAGGUUUUCGAUCACUACAAUUCUGGCGAACUCCAGACUUUGAUGGGUCUCUUUGCUGAGAUUAACCAUGCCUGGGUUGUUAUUGACAACUCAUUGUUUCUAUGGGACUACACACAUCCUGACCCUGAGCUGAUCGGGUUCGAAGACCAACCACAUACCAUCCACGCCGUCGCGCUCGUGCCUCCUAAGCCAGGCAUCUUUGUCAACACAAUCACACAUAUCUUGGUCGUCGCAACCUCUCAGGAUAUCGUUCUGUUGGGUGUGUCGGCCACUGAUACUCCCUCCGGUACUAAGACAGUCUCUCUUUACCAAACGAAAAUGCAGCUCCCUCUCCGUGGUACCGAUGUUCGUGUCAUUACUGGAUCCGCAAACGGCCGAAUCUUCUUUGGAGGAAGCAACGAUAUCGAUAUUAAUGAGCUUUACUAUCAGUCUGAAGAGAAGUGGUUUUCGAACCGGUGUGGUAAGAUCAACCACACGAAUCCCGGCUGGUCUUCAGUCGUCACACUACAAGGAGGAUUCUGGUCACAGAAGACCCCUGAGCAUCUUGUUGAUAUCGUGAUCGAUGACUCGAGAAACCUUGUCUAUACCCUCUCGAGCCGAUCGACCAUCCGAACUUACCAUAUGGAGGCCCCUGAUCGACUGAACAAGGUUAUCGAGAAGGAGAAGGUGCACUGUCUCCGCGACAUCGCUCACAUGAUCAGCCAGUCUAGACUGUUGAACGACCGAGUGAGCAUUAUCGCAAUCAGCCCCAUCACAAAGCCAGAAGCGGCGAAGCUACACUUGAUGGCUUUGACAAACACUGGAUGCCGUCUGUUCUUUAGUGCGACUAGUGCCGCCUCCUAUCUGUAUGGAUCCUCGACCAACUUGGCUCCCCAGAGCAUGCAAGUUCAGUUCAUCAAGUUCCCCCCUGGACAGAGCUCCCGUCGAUCCGUAUACGCUGGUGGUGAGACAAUCACCGACCUUGAAUCAUCCUCUUUGACAGUCAGCCGACAAGGUGUGCGAUUUGCGCCUGGUUAUUUCUUGGAUUUUGUUAGCAAGGAGUCUAACCCCAAUGAGGAUGCUCUCUUUGUUUCUGGACCUGAGACGGGGCGUCUUAAGAACACGUCUCCGACAUCUCCUCUUAAAUAUCAUGAGAGCGCUAGUUGGAUCGAUAUUGGUAGCCGGGCUGAAGCAGUUGGAUUGAUUACAAAACCAUUCGCAGCGGCACCACAGCCGCUUGGCUUUGGCAAUGAGCUGGCUGUGCAGUUUGACGAUGCGCCCAGCGAGUUCGCAGUUCUUACCAACACUGGUGUUCAUAUUAUUCGACGAAGACGAUUUGUGGACAUCUUUGCUUCUGCGAUUCGCGGUGCUGUGGGAGACGAAGGGUUGGAGCUUGUCUGCCGCCGGUUUAUUAAUAAUUACGGCCGCGUGGAGACUGUUACGACUGCUUUGGCUGUGGCUUGUGGUCAUGGAGGUGACUCUCGACCUGGUGCAGCUCGUGCUAUUGAUCAGGCAACUGAAGAUCGGGCACGAUCCGUUUUCGUCGACUUUGGUGGACAGCCUACGAUGGCCGAGACCGAUAGCACAUCUCUUACAACCGAUUCAGUUAAUCUCUCCUCUCGUCACGACGCCCUAGCUCUAUACCUCUCCCGACUGAUACGCCAGCUGUGGAAGUCUGUAGUUAUUGCUCCGGGUGUUUCUCCUACUGGUGGUAUUACCAUUGGCUCUACAAUUCCUCUUUCCAAGCUGAGUACUGUUCAAGAGAACCUGGAGCGUUUAAGGAGAUUCCUCGACUCCAACCGGGGUCUCAUUCAAGGCCUGUCAGGCCCAUCUGAUCUCCAGCAUGUGUCCAGUCGCCAGGAGGAAGUUGCUCUCCAGGCUGAACACCAAGCUCUUCACGCUCUUCAAAAGUUGAUGGAGAGUAUUUCCGAGGGUAUCUCAUUUGUGCUCAUGCUCUUUGAUGAGCGUGUUGCAGACAUCUACACACGCCUUGAUGAUGCAGCUCGACAACAACUCAGGGAGCUCACCUAUGAGAAGCUGUUCUCUCAAACCGAUGGCAAGGAUCUCGCCAAGUUGCUGGUCAAGGCUAUUGUUAACCGCAAUAUUGAGAGCGGCUCCAAUGUCGAGACAGUUGCCGAUGCUCUGCGAAGGAGGUGUGGUAGCUUCUGUAGCCCAGAUGAUGUUGUCACUUUCAAGGCCCAGGAACAGCUCAAGCGGGCUUCUGAUCAGCCUCUUCAGACCAACCAGUCGCGAAGUUUGCUUCACGAGAGUCUAAGGCUCUUCGAGAAGGUGGCUGGCAGCCUUACUUUUGCCAACCUUCAGAGUGCUGUUGAGCAGUACAUCGACCUCAAGUACUAUGCUGGUGCAAUUCAGCUGUGCCUUGUUGUCGCCCGUGAGAAGGACAGGGGCAACACGGCUCUGUCUUGGGUCAACGACGGAAAGCCUUCAACUGACCCUCGAGCUAACGCUUUUAACGACCGCAAGCGUUGCUACGAUAUGAUUCACGAUGUUCUGAGCCACUUGGAUGCUGCAUCAAGCAGAGAGCCCGAGAUGGUUGACGGCAGAUUGACUUUGAUUGCUACCAAGAGGCUUGAGGCCUAUGAGGUUGUGAACGGAUCAGACGAUGAGGUCUUCCACUUUGACCUUUAUGAGUGGUAUAUUCAACAAGGCUGGACAGACCGCAUCCUGGCUAUCGACUCACCUCACGUUAUUACCUUCCUUCAGCGACUUGCCGGCACAAACAUCGAGCAUGCUGACCUCCUCUGCCGAUUCUACACCAACCGUAGUCGCUUCUUUGAUGCAGCUGAGGUGCAGGCUGAACUUGCUAACUCCGAUUUCCCCAUCAGCAUCAAGGACCGAAUCAGGUUGCUCAGUUUGGCCAAGGCGAAUGCCAAUGUUUCCACAACUGGUGUGAGCCGACAGCAACAACAGUUGCUCAACCACAGUGUUACCGAACUACUUGAGAUCGCUCACAUCCAGGAUGAUCUUCUGGAGCGAUUGAGAGCAGAUGACCGUAUCGACCCCCAAAGAUCCCUCGAGAUUGAGGAAGCUCUCAAGGGCAAGAUUCAGGGACUUUCAGAGCUUUUCAACGACUAUGCCGACCAGGCUGGUUACUACGACCUGUGCCUUCUCAUCUACCACGUCGCCGAUUACCGUAACCAUAUGACCAUCUCGGGCACAUGGAGUAACUUGAUCCAACAGACACACGAUGAGGUCAUGUCUCGCCUAGAGAACUCAGAACCUGGAAUGCCCUCGCCCCCAAUGCCUUACGAGUCUGUAACGAGCAAGAUUCAGAACAUUGCCCACCGUACAUCACUUGACAGCUUCAUUUUCCCCAUCCAAGACCUCCUACCUGAGCUCUGCCGUUACGCUGUGGCUUACCAACAAGAUGCUACCAUUGGUGCUGAUCCCACAUGGCCUGUCCAACUAUUCCUUACGCUGGGCGUUUCCCAUGACAUGAUCAUCCGUGUUUUGGAGGGCGUUUUUGACAGUCAAGAUUACGGUUUCAGCGGAUCCGUACGAAACCGCAUGAUUGAGCUUAUUGUUUAUGUUGUUAACGACUGGGUGGCUGAAGCACGUCGCCGUGGAGGUGCAGGUAAGGGCGGCGCCAUUGGCGCAUCUGUAGCCGACCUCCUCAAGAGAUGCGACGCUGCCCUACCUCCGCCCGGACACGGCAAUAACGCCGGCGGUGCAGACCUUGCUGAUGUUAGGCGAGUGCUCAAGCUGUUGAAGAGAGAAGUGGAUGGUCUGUCACAACGGGUGCCGACAGGAAGCCUCAGAUUUGCAUAG